AUAGUCAGUUUGUCAGCUGUGCUGGGUCUGUAGGCAUCGCAUAAGUAAACAAGCAAAUAUAAAAAAUGGAAGAGUUUAAUACAGAAACGGAAAAAGAAACGGAAGUCGCUACAAUCACGCGUAAGGCAAAAGUAUUGGCGAUCGGAGGUGAGGAAUGCUCCACGAAGAAGCCGCCUUCAUUCAAAUACAACGCGAAUAAUUUUCAAGAAGAUUUUAGAAAGCAUUUGUGUCUGCUAUUAACUGGUAGUCGAAAAACUAUAGAAGUUGUCGAAGAUUGGGAUUUGGUGGAAAGAUUUACUGCGGCGAGCAUUAAGGAAGAUAACCAACCCAGGCGCUAUCACUUUUCUUGCCAGAAAGGUAACAGUUAUCCAAGAGGCACGUUUAUAUCUGGCCCCACUUUUAACCCAAUGGAAGUUAUGGCUCUGCUGCGAAAACGGCUGAAGGAAGAAAAGUGGAUAUCAAAAAAUGUCAUAGAAACGCCUCUGAAAACAAAAAUUGUUGGCAAAAAAUACUACGGCUCCGAUCAAUACAUUCAAGAGGUUGUUUCAGAGGCCCUUGAUGUGGAAAUGAUGAGGAUUUUUAAAUUCGUGCAAUAUUUACAGUAUUCACACAGAGAGUCUAAUCGCAAGUAAUUACUAAUUUAGCAUACCCUGUAAUAUGCAUAUUUAAAAAGAGCAGUGAUGGCGCUGCCUUCUUAUGGCUUGCAGUAUGGCAAUACCUAUGUAUAUAAAUAAAUAAGAUA